AUGGUCGGCAAAACUAGCACUAUCUUUGCGCAAGAAAGUAACAAUUCAGGCCACAUACUCGAUUCAGGUACUGAACGAUGGGUCGUCGGUGCAAGUGACAUACUUGUCGAGAUUGGCAAAAGCAUUUCUGACGCAGUUACUCGCAAUGUUUUCUUAAAGUUUCCCGCAUCCGGAUUUCUCUUCUCUGCACUACAAUUGACACUUUUUGUAGAAAUAGUGGAUUCAUCAAGUCGCGAUGAGGCCUGA